AUGAUUAAGAUUAUACGUUCAUCAAACAUUAGACAUUUUAAGCAAUUCAAACCAAUUAUAAGGUUUAAUUCUCAAGCUUCAGCUAAUUUUCAUAAACCAGAUAAAGCUGGGUCAAAUCAACCAGCCGAAGCAGCAGAUGCAGCAGCUACUAUAUUGGCAGAUUUACGUGAUAAACAAAUAAAUCCUAAUAAAUCUACAUGGAUUGAUGCAUUAAAAGAACAAGAACGUUUGAUUAAAGAAGGUAAAACAAUUGAUUCAUUUAAUUAUGUUGAUCCAGUUACUACCGAAGUUGGAGAAAAGACAAGAUCUGAUUCAUUUACAUUUUUAGAAUUACCAUUUAAAAAAGAUAAAUGGUUGUGUGAUGCUUAUAUAAAUGCUUUUGGUAGAUUAAGAGCUGGUCAAUUAUUUCAAGAUUUAGAUGCAUUAGCUGGGAGAAUUGCUUAUAGACAUUGUUCACCAGCCGAACCAGUUAAUGUUACAGCUAGUGUUGAUAGAAUAUAUAUGGUUAAAAAAGUUGAUGAAAUUGAAAAAUAUAAUUUUAUUUUAGCUGGUGCUGUUUCAUGGACUGGUAGAUCAUCAAUGGAAAUAGAUGUUAAAGGUUAUGCAUUUGAUAAUGAAAAUGAUUAUGAUCCUGAAAAUAUUACAGAAGAUUCAUUACCAGAACAAAAUGUGUUUUUAACUGCAAAUUUUACGUUUGUUGCAAGAAAUCCAAUUACUCAUAAAUCUUUUGCUAUAAAUAGAUUGUUACCAAUUACUGAAAUAGAUUGGAUUAAUUAUAGAAGAGCAGAAAGUCAUAAUGCUAAAAAGAAAUUAUUAGCAAAAAAUAAAAAAAUUAUGGAACCAACUUCAGAAGAAUCAAAAUUAAUUUAUGAAAUGUGGAAACUGAGUAAAACAAUUUUAAGUGGUGAAAAUGAUCAAAAUAAAAAUGUUGAAGGUUUUCAAUUUAUGAAAAAUACAAUGCAAAAAUCAACUUUAUUUAUGCAACCACAAUAUAGAAAUAGACAUUCAUACAUGAUUUUUGGUGGUUAUUUAUUAAGACAAUCUUUUGAAUUAGCUUAUUGUACAGCCGCAAGUUUCUCAUCUGCUGGUCCAAGAUUUGUUAGUUUAGAUUCAACAACUUUCAAAAACCCAGUACCUGUUGGUUCGGUAUUAAGUAUGAAUUCAUCAAUAUCAUAUACUGAACAUUUACAUGAUUCAAAUGAAAAUCAUGAUGCUGAUUCUCCUUUUGAUUUUAGAUUACCUGCAACAAAUAAAAUUUCAGGUAACCCAGAUGCAUUUUUAUCAGAACCAGGUACUUUAAUUCAAGUUAAAGUUGAUACUUUUAUUCAACAUUUGGAAAGUUCACAAAAAAAACCUGCAGGUACGUUUAUCUAUUCAUUCUUUGUACCUAGGGAUUCAUAUGGUUCAAAUAGACCUGGUUAUUGUUCAGUUAUACCUCAAACUUAUUCAGAAAUGAUGACAUAUAUAGGUGGUAGAAGAAGAGCUCAAGAUACUGCUUUGUAUGUAGAAACAUUACCAAAAAUUAAGUCAUAA